AUGUUAGCACAGGAAGUGCCUUUAAUACCAAUAUACCUGUUGUUAACGGAUAACCAGUCUCUUUGUAGAUCGUUAAAUUCAAGAAUUACUGAUCCAACUACAAAUAUUGAAGUGCCUCCCAACUUACUGAACCAAUUUCCAACAAGUUUUCCCUCUAACAUAUCUCAACUACGAGAACUAACUGCUCAAAACUUAAACAAUUUGUUGAAUUUUUAUGGCUUACCAACUACUGGAGGAAUGGAUACAAAACAAGGGCGUCUUUUAGCAGAACUUAUGUUACCAGAUGGUGCACAUUUAAGAACCGAAGAUUGGACCGUGUUUUUCUUGAAUCAAAAGACCCCUGAUCCUGAUAAAAUAAUAUCAUCAUCACUUGAUGAAAUUAAUGUUACAAAAGAUGAAGAUGAAGAUAAUAUGCCAUUGUUGUAUGCUUUGAAUCUUGUAAGAACAAAAAUGGCAUCUGUCAAUAGCGAUGUUGUUUGCAAAGAUGACUGUGAUAAUGCUCAUCAUUCAAAUGUAGAUUGGUUAAAUAAUAAAGAUCAUAGAAAUUGGAUAUCUCACCACAAGUUACAAAAUUUGCGCGACAAUUUGGAUAUGAAAAUCGGCAUAUUGGAAAUUGAUAAAGUAACAGGAAUAACUGAAUCACAAAAUAAGCUUGAUAAUUAUAAAAAAUUGUUUGAAAGAACAAAAAAACGUUGA